AUGAAUAAGUUCGUCAUUAAGUGCAAGAGAGACAGCGAAGGAAACACCGCCAGUGCUCUUCGCCCUAUUCAGCUAAGCGAACGCAAUCGAUGUGGAAGCGAUGUGGAAUCAAUCUUAACCUCAAAGAGUGACGAAGAUCCAAAUGUUAAUUGUAGAAGAGUUGAUGAACAUCAAGAAAAUUGUGCAAAUGUGACUCGAAAUCUAUCAAUGUCAUUCCCACGUUGGCAGAAGGCAAAUCCUUGGCUUGAAUUGAACGCAAAUAAGAAAGCAAUUUGCACAACUUGUACUGAAGCGUUGGAGAAAAAAUUAAUUUUGUCUUACGAUUCACGCGCUUUGAAGUCAAAGGAAGCCUGGGUUGACACAGGAUUUAACAACUGGAAUAACGCUACGUCCAGAAUCAAGAAACAUUCAACAAGUUCAUUACACGUAGAUAGUACUGAAGCUCUAGCAAAACUGAAGACAGUGAACAUUAUUCAACAUUUAUCAAGUGCAACAGAAAAGCAAAUGAUGAAUCACCGGACAGCACUGCGAAAAAUUUUCAGUACUUUAAAAGUAUUAGCAAAACAAGGGCUGCCUUUGCGUGGCAUCAAUAACGACGAAAAUUCAAACUUUAUACAAAUAUUAAAAGCACGCGCAGAAGAUGUAUCGGAACUGGAAUCGUGGCUGAAACGGAAUGGCCACAAAUGGUUACAUCAUGAUGUACAAAACGAAAUAUUAGAACUCAUGGCUGCAAAAGUUAUGGCAAAAAAUCUUGUGGAAAUAAGACAAGCAGAAUUCUGUGCGUUACUUUUGGACGAAACUUCUGACUUGUCGAAGAUGGAACAGAUAUCGAUAUGUUUGAGAAUUGUUUCACAAAAUUUAGUGUCGUCAGAAUUUUUCCUCGGAUUUUACUCAACGUCUUCCACGAAGGCCGAAACUCUAUUCCAAAUCGUCCAAGAUGUUUUUCUUCGUUUCAAUUUGCCGCUUACAAAACUUAGAGGCCAAUGUUACGACGGAGCAGCGAAUGUUUCGGGGAAAAUAACUGGUUUGCAAACUCGACUCAGGGAAAUUGAACCUCGUGCUUUAUAUGUACAUUGCAACGCCCAUAACUUGAAUCUUGUGGUCCAGGAUGCCAUGGAAGGAGUUCUAGCUACAAGAAAAUUCAUAGGAGCAGUAAAAGAUAUGAUUAAUUUUGUAAAAGAUUCACCGAAACGUAUCUCACAAUUUCAACAACUCCAGUCAGAAUCAGAAAGUUCCACGAAUAAAAACCUUACCCUCGCUGCCUACUGCCCAACCAGGUGGGUCAUGCGAAUAAGUUCCCUGAAAACAGUCCGAGCCAACUACGAACCACUGAUGAAAUUUUUCGUAGAGCGGAUUACAGAUUGUGAAGUCGACAGCAUCAUCUCGGCCAAAGCAUCAGGAUAUUUUGAACAUAUGAGAACCUUUGAGUUUUUCUUUUUUUUAACAAUGAUAAUUGAAUUACUUGAUCGGAUAGAAAUUUUGAAUAAAGACCUUCAGAACUCGGAACUAAGCGUGAAUGACUCGUAUCGAAAAAUCGAGGGAGUAAUUUAUUGUAUGAAUGUAUCUCGCGAUUCCAAAUUCGAGAUAAUUUGGGAACUGCCUGACAAUUUCCUUACGCGAAAAAACAAUUUGAUAAUAUUCGUUACACAGCGAGGCGAACCCUGCAACCAAGGAGCGCGCAUGCUCGUGAACCAAGGCCGACUGUCGCAAAUUGAAAAUACUGCCCUUGGACUCGCGAAAUUAGUUAACGACAAGAACCGAUACAUUAUCGCAUUGAUAAUUAUUGGCGAGCGCACAUCGGAGGUGACUGGAAGGCAAUUGAUGGUGGAAGCGAUCUCGUCAUUAUUAGAUGUAAUCAACGAGCUCGCUUUACCAGCGGUCUUUAUUUGUAAAGGCGAUAUCAAUGGAAUGGCAUGGCAUAAAAUCAGAGAUAUUUUAGACGAUACAUUUCACGAUCACGACGUAAAAAUCUCAAUUUGCACCAAUCAAAUCACGACAUCUCCGGUCGGCGAUCCUUAG